AUGGAGCCUCCUCUUGAGCUGCCGACUGACACAGUGCAACGGCUUGCAGCCGCACUGCAAUGCCACCCAACAGACGAGAGGGUCGCUCUCCACCUUGACGAGAAGGAUGAGCUGAAACACUUCAAGGAAUAUUUUCAUAUCCCCAAAAUGAAGGAUCUGCCUCCAAUUGACUUAUCUUUAGUGAAUGGAGAGGAAAAUGCCAUCUAUUUGUUGGGAAAUUCUCUUGGCCUUCAACCAAAAAUGGUUAAAACGUAUAUUGAAGAAGAACUGGAUAAGUGGGCCAAAGUGGGAUCCUAUGGUCAUGACGUGGGGAAACGGCCUUGGAUUACAGGAGACGAAUGCAUAGUGGGCCUCAUGACUGACAUUGUAGGAGCCAGUGAGAAAGAAAUAGCCCUAAUGAACGCUUUGACUGUUAAUUUACAUCUCCUAUUGUUAUCAUUCUUUAAGCCUACACCUAAAAGGUAUAAAAUUCUUCUAGAAGCCAAAGCCUUCCCUUCUGAUCAUUAUGCUAUUGAGUCACAGCUUCAACUUCAUGGACUGAAUGUUGAGAGAAGUAUGCGGAUUAUAAAGCCAAGAGAGGGAGAAGAAACCUUGAGAAUGGAGGAUAUUCUUGAAGUAAUUGAGAAGGAAGGAGAGUCCAUUGCUGUGAUUAUGUUUGGUGGGGUGCAUUUCUACUCUGGGCAACUCUUGGAUAUCCCUGCCAUCACAAAAGCCGGACAAGCAAAGGGAUGUUUUGUUGGCUUUGAUCUGGCACAUGCGGUUGGAAAUGUUGAACUCCACCUGCAUGACUGGGGAGUUGAUUUUGCCUGCUGGUGUUCUUACAAGUAUUUAAAUUCAGGGGCAGGAGGCCUUGCUGGUAUCUUUGUCCAUGAAAAGCAUGCGUAUACCAUCAAACCUGCGCUUGUAGGGUGGUUUGGCCAUGAACUCAGCACCAGAUUUGAAAUGGAUAACAAACUUCAGUUAAUUCCUGGAGUCACUGGGUUCCGAAUUUCAAAUCCUCCCAUGUUGCUAGUCUGUUCCUUGCAUGCUAGUUUGGAGAUCUUCAGGCAAGCCACUAUGAAAGCACUGAGGAAGAAAUCCAUUUUGCUGACUGGUUACCUGGAGUACCUGAUCGAGCAGCACUCCCGCACACGCACGGCAGGUGCGAAGGGGCCAAUCGUGCACAUAAUUACACCAGCCCGAAUACAGGAGCGUGGCUGCCAGUUAACUCUGACAUUUUCCAUUCCGAGGACAAAUGUUUUUCAAGAAUUGGAAAAGAGAGGCGUGGUUUGUGACAAACGAGAACCAGAUGGCAUUCGAGUGGCUCCAGUUCCUCUUUAUAAUUCAUUUCAUGAUGUUUAUAAAUUUGUCAAUGUAUUAAUGUCUGUACUUAACUCUACCACACAAAAUGAGUGAUGUUUUCUAGAUUAACUACAAAUAACCAACGAUCAAUAAUUUAACUAUUGAAGUGCUUCAUAAAUGAUUUUGUGUAAUUUGAGUUCUGAAUUAUAUACUGCACAGAAAAAUCUGAUAUACAGUAAAUGUUUGACACAGCAGGACCCAUUCACCACUUGGAACAGCUGUAUCCUGUGUUAUAGCCCAGUGUCCAAACUCAUUCCAUUACUGACCCAUCUUCCUGCUAAUUUGCAAUCUUCAGGGCAACAACUGAUGAAUCAAGUACUUGGAUCAUUGCUACCUACAUUGGUGAUUCAAGCUGAGUUUCAGGCUCCUGUUUUUGAAAGAUCCUGCCCCGGGUUUAGCAUUCAUCUGGGAAGUGAACUGCCACUGGCAUGCUUCUGCAUUACCAUUUCUGAAAUUAACAUGCUUCUUACAAAUGAAUACAUACAGAUUGGUAUCUGUAACAAAACAGAUGCUUCAUAAAAUAACAUCUGAUCACAAAUAACUUCUCAUUAAAGAAAUGCUGGUUGAAUCUUUUCAUAACCAUUCUUCAAUCUUAGUCUACAGUUUUCAAGGUGAUUCUUCAUUUUGAUGUUAUCACAGUAUCUAAGUGGGAACUUCCCACAGGGAAAGGUUUUCGUCCUCCCCAAAAUAAGUCACACUAAGACACUUGUGAUUGAUAAUUAGAAUUAGGUGCUUCAUAUUUCCACUUCCUCAUCCCAAAUCUAUAAGCUUUUCUUGUACACUAUGAAAACUGAAGUUUCAACAAGUCCUAUUUUCCAUGUCUAGGUUUCAGUUGGUACCACAAACAUUACUUACAAACUGGCAAAAUGAUUUACAGCUGUAUAUACAGCCAGCAAAAAGGAGUGAGUAGAAAAACAUUAUUCCUUGCUAAUGCACAAAUUUGAGUUAAUGGACAUGGACAACUACUCUGGUUAGGAGAAUUCUACCACCUUUGCCAGUAACUAACGCGUUUUUAUGCACACUGCAUUGUGCUGUGCUGGUUAUAUGAUAGCUCACCUAAUUGAGUCAUUACUUCUCACUGCAGCUUUUGAUCAGGCUCAGUUUCCUUAAUGGACAAGUUCUCAAAACUUGCAAAUGUAAUGUUUCAUGACUUUAUAUAGAAAAAAUUAUUUAAUGUUGUGAUUAACAAAUGAGCUUUCAGUUUUCGUGUAACAUGUAGCUGGUAUGGAAGAACAGUCAUGUAAACACUCAGUUGAGAUAAUUACAAAUUACAACUUCCACAAAAGACAAGCAGAUCAUAUUAUGAAAAAAACAAAUCCUGCAGUAUUAAAUGGUUGAGUGAAACAUAAUGAGGGCAGUUAUUAAUUUGUAAUUAAAUUGUUUCAUACAAAAAUAUAAGCAUGUAUUCAAGCCAUUCAACAAAACUCCAUCAUAUAACACAGCAUCCAUAACAGUUUUUCUCCAGUUAUCACUUCCCUAAAAAUCUAGUAUCAUUAUACUGCAUUUUGUGUUAAUCAUUGCUUUACCUGUUUUAGCUUUAUACCUAGGAUAACGCUUCAAAAGUUCAGGAAUUAUUGAAUGAAGUUAAGCCUAUAUUAGGGGACCAGUAUUGUGGUACAGUUUAAGCCAAUGCCUAUGUGUCCAGCUUUCUAUAUGAGCACUAGUUUGAGUCCUGGCUUCUGUGCUUCUAAUAAAAGAUUCCCAGUGAUGUGUCUGGGGAAAGUUUAGGAAGAUGUCCUACGUAUUUGGCUCCAAUCAUCCACACGGAAGAACCGGCAGGAUCUCUUGCUUCAGCCUGGUCCAGCCCCAACCACUGAGCAUACAUUUGAACAGUGACUCAGUGGAUAGAUUUUCUCUCUCUCUCCUCUCUCAAUAGCUCUGCUUCCCAAAUAAUUUCUAAAAAGGUGAUCCUAGAACAAACUUUUUGUGAAAUUCAGGCAUAUGAGAGAUCUCCAAAAACUUGAAAUGUACAUCAUGGAAAUACAGCAUGGAGUUGAAAACUUAGGUCAAAAUAAUCGUACCUUUAAUACAACUUUCCACAAAAUUUUUGCAAUAUCAUUAUAUGUAACAAUACAUUAACACAGGUAUAUAGUUAAGAUACUCAUUGGGAGAUGCACAACCAGAUGGGAGUGCUUUGAGUAUUGAUUCCCUUCACUUCCAGCUUUCUGCUAAUGUCACCUUGGAGACAAGAUGUGAAGAUUCAAGUACACAUGUCCCUCUCAUAUUGGAGACCUGGAUGGAUUUCUGCGGUCAUGACUUUAGCCUGGCUCAGUCCAGACCUUCAAACAUUAAACCAAUCAGUUGAAAUUCUAUCACAUUUUCCUCACUCCCUUCUGCUUUCCUUUCAAAUAAAUGAAAAACAUUUCAAAUUAAAAAU